GUUCCUCAUCCAUCAAACCCACCUCAACCCUCUCUCUCUCUCUUUCUGUCCCUCACAUUUGCUUGGAGACAUUCUUAUUUUUUUUCAAACCAAUGGCUACCUCAACAAUGUCUCUCUCCUCUCCUUCUCUAGCUGGCCAAGCUGUCAAGCUUAUGCCCUCCACAUCUGACCUCCUUGGAGAGGGCCGAGUAACCAUGAGAAGAGCGUCUGGCAGGCCCAAACCCGUCUCAUCCGGAAGCCCAUGGUAUGGGCCGGACCGUGUCAAGUACUUGGGCCCAUUCUCUGGUGAGCCCCCAUCCUACCUCACUGGAGAGUUUCCUGGUGAUUAUGGUUGGGACACUGCUGGGCUUUCAGCUGACCCAGAGACAUUCGCCAAGAACCGUGAGCUCGAGGUGAUCCACUCACGAUGGGCCAUGCUUGGAGCCUUGGGCUGCGUUUUCCCCGAACUCUUGGCCCGCAAUGGGGUCAAGUUCGGUGAAGCCGUUUGGUUCAAGGCCGGGGCCCAAAUAUUCAGUGAAGGUGGGCUUGACUACUUGGGAAAUCCAAACUUGGUCCAUGCUCAAAGCAUUUUGGCUAUUUGGGCCGUACAAGUGAUCUUAAUGGGUGCAGUUGAGGGAUACCGUAUUGCCGGUGGGCCGCUUGGUGAGGUGACAGACCCAAUUUACCCAGGUGGGAGCUUUGACCCAUUGGGCCUUGCUGAUGAUCCAGAGGCUUUUGCUGAGCUUAAGGUGAAAGAGCUCAAGAAUGGUAGAUUGGCCAUGUUUUCCAUGUUUGGAUUCUUUGUUCAAGCCAUUGUUACUGGAAAGGGCCCAUUGGAGAACCUGGCUGACCACUUGGCUGACCCUGUUAACAACAAUGCUUGGGCAUAUGCCACAAACUUUGUCCCUGGGAAGUGAGGAAGUGAGAUUUAAGAGAGGGAAGCUCUUGUUCUUGGACUGAAAGUUGUGUGAGCAAGUAAGUGUGAAAUGAGAUUAUUGGUAGUGAUGUAAACCAAUGAAAAAUGCAUGUGAAUUUGUGAUACUUGGGUUUUUUUUUAAAGAGCACAAUUUCUUUUUUAA